AGUCGUUGAGGGAAUCGACUAGAGUCGUUGAGGGAAUCAACUCGGCUCGGCUCGCGCUAUGCCGCGGUUCAAGGCGCGUCUAUCCGCUUUCAUUCAUCUGGUCGAGCUCGCGACCGUGAGCAGGAUGUCGUGGAGCUCGGAGACCUUCUGACUCGCUCCGGGGCUUUUUUUUUUAUCCCUUCCUGCCGGAUCCAUCCCCUACUGUAGCUGUGCGAGCUUCUCCUUCUUCCCCCUUCUCUUCCUCUUCCUCUUUCUUCCUCCUCUACUUCUGGAGGAGCUUCUCUGUUUGUGGAUAUCUGAGGAACAUACAUAAGGAACGCAGGAGGAGCUUUUCUAUCUACGAGAUUUCCGCUGCAUAUUUCGCUUUUUUUCCCAUUUUCCUUCUUUUUUCUUUGUAUUUAUUUUUUAUAUAUUUUUUAAAUAUAUAUUUAUUUAUCUACACAUUUCGGGAUGAAGCCACCGCAGAUGAGGUUCAGGAGAAGAUCCUUCCUCGGACUUCUCUUCCUCUUCUCUCUCUCUACAUCGGCACUUUACUUCAUCUAUUCAGCUCCCGGUAUCGUGAACGAGUACCUGUUCAUGGUCCAGGCUCGGGGAAUGAAGAUCCGUCAGAACAUGAGGAACAUUGGAGCUCAGGUUCUGGAGCAGGUGGUGAGAAGUGCCUACAGUGCCAAUGGAACAGACUACUUGUAUGACUUUAACCUGAGUGAAACAGUUGCCCCGCCCACUCCGUACCUGCCCGUGGGGUUUACGUACCUGCCCACCGACAUCUGCCCUGAAAAACUGCCCACCAUGAACGGCAGGCUGAAGUUGGACAUGAGUGAGAUUUCUCUCGGAAAAGUGGAGAAGAAUUUACUGAAAUCCGACUCCCCAAUCCGCCUCGGAGGCCACUGGAAACCCCACGACUGCAACCCCCGCUGGAAAGUGGCCAUCCUGGUGCCUUUCAGAAACCGUCAUGAACAUCUCCCCAUUCUCCUGCGUCACCUCAUUCCAGUACUGCAGAGACAACGACUCCAGUUCGGCUUCUACGUCAUCGAACAGGCAGGAGACGAGCCCUUUAACCGUGCCAUGCUCUUUAACGUGGGCUUUAAGGAGGCGAUGAAGGACGUUCCGUGGGACUGCAUGAUUUUCCACGACGUGGAUCACAUCCUGGAAAACGACCGCAAUUACUACGGCUGCAGCGGAAUGCCACGUCACUUCGCCGUCAAACUCAACAAAUACUCCUACAUGUUGCCGUACGAUGAGUUUUUCGGAGGCGUGAGCGGUCUCACAGCUGAACAGUUUCAGAAGAUCAACGGUUUUCCCAAUGCAUUCUGGGGCUGGGGCGGGGAGGACGACGACCUCUGGAACAGGGUUCAGUAUGCAGGCUACACCGUGAGUCGACCUUCAGGUGACCUUGGGCGCUACAUGUCGAUCCCUCACCACCACAGGGGAGAAGUGCAGUUUCUGGGCAGGUACACGUUACUUCGUCACUCUAAGGAGAGACAGAGACUGGACGGUCUGAACAACCUGAACUACUCCCCCCUAGUGGCCAGGAGGAAUCUCUAUACCAACAUCACAGUCACGCUAAACCGAGACCUCGCUCCCAUCACGGACUAUUAACUCAGGCUCUGCCUCUCUGCUUCUCCACCUCUUUACUCCGCCUUUUACUCCGCCUCCAAGAUUCUCCUCUUCACCAGAAUCAACAGGAGGACCUCAGUCUGCUCUCCUGACCUCCCCUUAGUUUGAACAUCUAAAACUUUAUCCAAGACUCAUCGCCCAGUCUUGUUCCAGUAUCGCAUUUCAUCUCCUUUAUCUUAUCCAGUACUGAAAAGGAAAAACUCAGCAAUCCUGCUUCACGUCCCGUCAUAUCGGAACGGUCAACACGCCGUAAAAGGCAUUUUUCCCGCCUUUUUUUUUUUUUUUUUUUUUUUGCCGUCUGACCAUGCUCAUUUUUUCAGGAAAGCCUCUACAGAAGGAAAAGUGCCGGGUCUUUUUUUCCUAUUCAGACACCACUACAGCUAGACAGUGGAGUCUACGUGUUUACAACGGGAACGAGGACGCUAGCAAUAGCGAGCUGAUUAGCAUGCUAGUUAGCGUGCUGCAUCGCAGGAGAUCACCUCGUUCCUAUUGGGUACAGUGAAAAGCGCAGCUGGAUUCUGUGCGAAAGACGAACCGACACACACUGAUGGAAACGCAGUACCAACAUUUUACGUGUGUGUGUGUGUGUGUUUGUGUAUUUGUGUGUGGCCUGUCCUCUUCCCUUAUAUGGUAAUAACACACCACCUGACACCUGAAUGAUGGCACGACGACUCAUUACACUCGUUUGUUUGAGGUUUGCAUGGUGGAGCAAUACACAAGUCCAAGCACGACACACACACACACACACACACACAUCCACACACACCCACAUCGUUAGCAUGGAUUUGAAAAAUGUCUACAGGAAAACUAAGUUUUUUCUCAACUGCACUGAAAAAAGAAAAAAAUAAGGCUAUGCAAACCCACCGCUCCAUCCGUCUCCACAGACGCCGCGUUCAGGACGUCUGCCGUCCCGCUUUAUUUUCAUACGCGCAUUUAUAUGGAAAUACACGGCAUGCAUUCGCAUUGUGUGUGUGUGUGUGUGUGUGUGUGUGUAAAACAGGACAGAGAUAUGCAAACGCACAGCGCUGUUGUGUAACCCGAAGCCCUUGUUUGUUGAGCGAACGCUAGUUCUGCUAGUAAUGCGAAUAAACUAAUUAGAUGAUGCUAAUUUUUAUCCGUUUAAAAUUAAAAGCUAGUUUUAUCCGUUUAAAAAAAACAUGAAAAAAAAAAAUGUCAAACAUUAGUUUUGAAAGCGAUGAGCGAUGAUGUUAUUACAAAGACAUGGGCUAGCUACACCGCUACCACACUUUACAGCCUGUUUACAGUGUGUGUACUGUGUGUGUACAGUGUGUGUGUGUGUGUGUGUGUGUGUUUACCGUUAGCUACCUCUACACCACUCCAAACUCGUUGUCGCUAGAAUUUGUUUUUAUUCUAUUUUAGCUCGGGGCUUGGAUACAAGAACUUGCACAUCAAGCUAAGCCGACCUAACACACACACACACACACACACACACAUACACACACUUUUUCUCAUUCACUGGAGCCCUAUGACUCUCACUACAUUGUAAUUUUGUGAUUCAAGUGUUGUAUCGCAGGUAUAUAUGUGUGUGUGUGUGUGUGUGUGUGUGUGUGUGUGUGUGUGUGUGUGUGUGUGUGCCAGAGGCUGGUCCUCUUGUAUUUAUCCCAUGAUGGACAUGUUUUUUUUUUCCUGUUUUAAUUUGUUUUUAACGGACUGACGGAUCGAAAUGAGGAAAACAAAACAAGUCGAGCUGUGACGUUUAUAAAUAAGCAAAUAAAUAAAUAGAUAAAUAAAUAGAAAAGUAUAAAAAGGCACUGAUAAGCCGACACAGUAGAUGUCGAAUGUUUUGGGAAUCGGGAAAACUGAGGAACGGAGAGAACUGUUUCC